UUGACGAGGUGAAUCCAUUAGGGCAGUCUCCUCUGAUCCAAGGAAGGCGCCACGCGCUCUCUGACAUGGCGAGCAACACUUGCUCCGGAGGCACUCCCAGCGAAAAGACAAGCAGCGUGGACCAAAACCCAUCGCCAACAGGCUGCUCCAGCGAUGGGACCAAGCUGCGGCCUGUGGAAGUUCGCAGUGCAUCCGCGCGGACAUGCCUGAACUACCCCAGUCCCCAACCGGUGGCGCCCAUUCCGGCGGGCAUUGCUCAGAGCCCCGAAGAGAAAGCUGGGAACCUUUCCAUGGAAGUGAUGCACACCAAGCUCGACUGCUCCGAUGAGCUGUAUGUGCUGUCGGACGAAUCUUCCCUGGCUGUGGCAGAUGAUGCUCUGGAGGACAGCGAGCUGUCGUCCAUCGCUACGCCUGGCAUGGAUCAUCUUGUUGAAGGACCUCCCGACCACUUAGAGCUUGAGCCUGCGAAGCUCUGCGGCGAAACAUCCGAAUGGCUUGAACCCGUCCAGGACGUUCCGGUCCCAGAGUUGGAACUCAGUGGGGAUUCGUCCUGCGACCCAGAUGAAGAGCCUAGCAUAGAAACCAUGCACCUGUGUGACGACGAAGAAGGCUCCAACAAGCUGCCGGACGAGUUCAAACUGGACGACAAGGACUUCGAGGUGUUUAGGGACGUGCGUGGCGUAAGGUUGCAGCAGAAGCGCAGCGUGCCGGUCAUCCCAUCCACGCCACCGCACUUUGCAGCUUCACCUGCUCUGGAUAUGGGCGACUUUAAAGAUGACUUUGUGGACCUGAACACCAACGAAAAGCCUAUACAAGACGAGCUUCAGUACGUGCCACUGGACUGACCGAGUGCCGCCGAAGAGCUUGUAACCAUGACUUGCAGUCCAUGUCGGCACCUGAUUGACUCAGCACUGCAGAGUGCAGACAGUUUUAAGACCUUCUUUUUUCUUCUUUAAGUGCAGGUAGGAAGGGACAGCACAUAAUCUGAACUUCCUGGAUUCUAUGCGAGUGCUUCACUGAAAAAAACGCAAAAAUGUGGGAGCUCAGAUGUGUUUGGCCUGCCUUCUCUUGUCUUAACAAAGGCAAGGUUCCUACCGACAAGUUUCUCGCACUGCAUUCAGGCUGUCGGAAUGCACCUGUAUUGGCUGCAAAUAAAGUACUCUUCUAAACACUUAAGCAAUGUGUAUUUAAACGAAAGUUG